AUAAAUUAAUCCCUCAUUUAUGUGUAUACGUCAACUUAGUCACUAACAAGUAAGAGUAGAGAGUGGAGAGGAAUAAUAACAUUAAUUUGAUUGAUCAGGUUGCAUAUGUAGGACAAUAAUUAAUAAUGAUGAGCAAAGACAACGACGAGGAGAAGAAUAACAAGAGUAAGAAUAAGCUAAGGAAGGGAUUAUGGUCACCAGAAGAAGAUGAGAAGCUGAUGAGGUACAUGAUGAACAAUGGACAAGGUUGUUGGGGUGAAGUGGCUAAGAAUGCUGGGUUGCAAAGGUGUGGAAAGAGUUGUCGCCUUCGAUGGAUUAAUUACUUGAGACCCGAUCUUAAGAGAGGUGCUUUCUCACCACAAGAACAGCAACUUAUCAUCCAUUUACAUUCCCUUCUUGGCAACAGAUGGUCUCAAAUAGCGGCACAGUUACCGGGUCGAACAGACAAUGAAAUCAAGAAUUUUUGGAAUUCAACAAUAAAGAAAAGGUGUAUAACCAUCACCUCAUCAUCAACCUCCCAAAACACGAGUGAGUCCUACUCAUCAUCAUGGCUUGAACCACAUGAUCAUAACAGCAUGGAAGGAUUUACAAUGAUGCCUAUGUUCAGUUGUUCAUCAUCUCAAUCACCAUCAAUCAUUAUCGAUGAGCAUUUGCCUAUGCCGAUGGAGAAUAAUAACAUGCAUGCAGCUAUGGGAAUCAACAAUAAUAAUAAUAAUAUGUUUGUUCCUCCUUUACUAGAGAGUGCUACUACGAGCAACGUUUAUUUUGAUAAUAAGGUUGUUAACGUGGAGGAGGAUUCAUUAAUAAGCAUGGAAGAUUGGGAGUUGGAGGACUUGAUGAUGAUCAAAAGUGUUUCCUCCCCGUUUCUUGAUUUUCCACUAUCAUGAUCUGGAAAAUUAAAGAAUUAUGGUAUAGCUAGUUAGGUGUGAAUAAAAAGUGAAGCAUAUAUUGACCGUGUAUGAUUAGAGAUAGAGAAAAUGAAGAAUUUACAUUGCUUAUAAUAUCCGCGUUCUUUUCAAAAUAAA